CACCACACCACAUCCCACCAGCCCCUGGACUGUGGUGUCCAGCAGCACCCUGACACUAUGGGGGUCCUGGAGCCCUCCCGGGGCUUUCUGAUGCUUCCUGCCCUUCUGACUGUGGGAGGUCUCAGUCCUGUCCAGGCCCAGAGCGAAUGCAGCUGCUCCCCGGUGAGCCCGGGUGUGCUGGCGGGCAUCGUGCUAGGAGACCUGGUGCUGACGCUCCUUAUCGCCCUGGCCGUGUACUCUCUGGGCCGGCUAGUGCCUCAUCGCCCAGGGGCUGCAGAGGGGACCCGGAAACAGCGCAUCACAGAGACCGAGUCACCUUAUCAGGAGCUCCAAGGUCAGAGGCCAGAUGUCUACAGUGACCUCAACACACAAAGGCAGCAUUACAGAUAAACUGAGACCACACCCAUCAACUACAGAUGCCUGGCUCCAGUGGAUCCUGACCUCUAUUCAGUACUCUGUUCUGACUCCCAAGGGGAUUCAGACUCUCCAUGUCCUCUUGAGAUAUAGGGGCCUCUCUCCACUACUGUCCCCAAAUAAAUGACUGUGCAAAGAA